AUGACUUCCGUUCGCACGUGUUAUUGCAAACACGAGGAGAAUGUAGCGCGCAGGAAGGAUAAUGAUAUCAGAAUACACAAUGCGAAUCGACAUCCUGUAACUGUCGUAUCUAAAAAAUCGAUAGUCACGAAUACAACUUGUGGAAGUAGCAGAGGGUCUUGUAAACGCGCGAGUCGCGUUAUUAAAGAAAAAAUUCUUAAUACGCACCGAUCGGUAGAAGUGCAGCCUCCCAAUUCCGUCUUGAGUCCCGAAACAUCCACCGCUCUUGAAAAUGCCGAGAAGAUUGUUAACAAUGCAAAGAUACAACUCAUGGAAGUCUGCGCAACGUCGAGUUUCGAUUCCGCACGACAGCAUAGAAAUACGUAUUCGGACGAGCCGCCGUUGGACGACGAGAUGGAAGAGCGGCUGUACGUUCGCGAGCUAGUGGCCUCCAAGUUUCAGGAUGCAUGUUCUUCAAAGUUAUCGGAGGUGAACGGCAAGACAAGCGCACGUUCGCAGAAACGUGAUUUUCCUCGUGUCACCGUUCGCAGGGUUGAUUUGUCGGCGCCAAAAUUUCGGAUGUCGCGACGACGACGUGCCGACUGGUCAUCUCUUGGAUACGGAAGCGACAAUCGGUCUCAUGGACGUGCAUCGCCUGCCCGAGUGCUGUCGAAGGACUCGAUCAAUAACGUGAACGUUGAGACGACAGCCCCCGACGAUCAUGCUCGCGAUCGUCGGCGAAUGUUGUCAGCACGAGGAAACGAGUGUGAAAUCCAAAUAGGACCAUCGGUGCACAUUGUUGACCGGGAGUUGGUCAAACAGGAUCUGGAGGACGUGCACAUCUCGCCAGAGCCGUAUCCGGCGCAAAGCCGCGCGAAUACGGCUACUUAUAUCCUAUGCCAUGAUGUUAUUCAAACAAAUGCGGAUAAUAGAAUGAUCGACCCGGAAGUAUCAGGGACGCCGAGAACACGGCGUGUGAGAUUGGACACGUUACAACGAGGGAAACCGAUUGAGAAGACGAUUAUCGAAGCUGCGACCGAAACAAAACCAGUAACUCUUGUAAGCAAGUUGGAAAAGGAGUUUGAAGAUGCCAAGAAUUCUGAUGCUGGACAAGAUGUCGAACGAAUUCAAUCCCCGAAAAUCCGAAAUUAUACACAAGAGAAAAAGGAUCCCGACCCGCAAGAUGUCGAAAGGACACCUGAACGUUUAAGAAACACGACGAGUCAAGGAGCGAUUAAGUUCGCAGUGGUUGAAACUCCACAGAUUGAUAGAAAUGAAAAAUUGCACAAAGCGAGAAACGAGAACCACGAGGGAAUUCUUUUUUUAUCCUCCGCCGGCGGUGAUACGCAAAUUCGUUACGCGGAGGAUGACGGAAUAUUCUGUAAGAGAAGUGCUGACCAUCAGCGAAACGUCGAAAACAUUGUAGAUAAGAUCCAGGUGGAGGAAAACCGAAGCGAUCGAUCAAAGCCGUCGCCUGGCGACGACAUCUCAAGGACAGCGAGUUUUUCUCGACAGCGCGAAAAUAUCGCUUCGCGUUAUCGACAGGCAGAAAGUUCGAGACAUCAUCGGACGAUUGAUAGACACUUUUCGCACACAUUCAAUAGUCAUAACGGACAAGAUGGGCUGUGCGUCACUAGUGAAGACAUACAACGUCCAUCUUUCGCUUCAGGCUAUACGGACGUUUUCCGAGAAACAAUUUUUGCGGAGGACAAUUUGGAUGAUAUCGAUUUGUAUCGACCGUGUCUUGAUGACUUGGAUUCAAUCCUGCAUUCCAACGACAGGAAAAUCGAACAUGUCACUCGAGUGACCAGAAAUCUUAAGGAAUUAUUAUCAGACUCCAAAUUCGCGAUAUACAAGCUGGAUGAAGACGAGCUAGUGUCUCAAGACGCGGUGAAAUUUUGUCGGAACUCGCUAAACGAUAAAGAUGGCGAGUAUCCAUUAUUGAACGAGGCGUCGAACAAGGCGGCUCGAUCGUCAUUUUUGGAGACUGAAUUAAGAAACGAGGAUCUGACCGUCUCAAAAGUACAUCGAACCGACGAUCUGCAGGCAGCAAAUGCGGCGGGGACGAAAUCGUCGACUUUCACGAAGGAAGACGGUUCUCGCAGUAAUUACUCGAAGAACUCCGUCGAAUCUAGCGUGUUUCCUGCAUCAGAUGCGAAUGACAGCCCCAGGACAUCUCGCGACAGCGAUAGAACUCAACGGUCGGCGACCAAAGCGUACUUAUCGGAAUCGUCGAUGGACAGAUCGGAUGCCACGACAUUUUCCAACCUGGUACCAACGUUAUCCAGCACACACACGGAGGCUCCGUGUCGUCAUCAGAAGAAGGAAGUCGCCCGGGAUGAUCGUCACAAAGUCACGUCUGCGAGGAAAUUCUCGGAGCACAAGAUCCGUCGUUCUGGAAAGGAAUACACCGAUGACAGAAUUUUCGCGCGGUUUUUCCGGAAAGACACGUCCCAAGCGAUAGAUCGGUUUCUUGCCUACAUCCUGCAGGAUGAAAAACGGAGCAUCGAAGGAAAGAUUGCGAGCGCCUUGAAGGAGUCAGCGGUAACACCUGCAGCGGUUCAGAAGCUUCUAGAUCAUUUGCGCGAGGCUGAAUCGAUCCGCGACACGCGUCAGUCGGAAACCUUGGACAUUCUGAGAAAUAUCCUGAUUAACGUGAAAAGUCAGUCCGAUCAAGGAAACGCGAACGACAGGAAAUUAUUCUUUCAAAACGUUUCCGAUUCCUUGGCUUGUAGCAACGCUCCGCCAAAUGCAAUCGACGGGUCUCGAGAACAAAGCGUGCAACAGACGCCAGUAAAAGUUGACAGUGAAGUCGAGCGAAAUUUUACCAAAAAUUCCUAUGAACUUAAAGGUCUCGGCGAGCACUCCUCCGACUUAUCUGAAUGUCGUGAAACGAGAGAAAGCGUUCGCUCUACGGCUCGUUGCGAGUCUAUGCAACAUUUUGCGAAUAGCAAGGACACGGGUCAGACAGAAAACGCGGAUGUUAUGAGGACUCUUUCGAUUGAUUUUGAAAAUCAAACGGACAAAGAUGUCAAUAAUCCGAAAAAGGAGGAGACAUUUCCUCGGAACGUCACUGGUUCCUUGAUUUGGACGAACGCUAUGUCGAAUACAAAUGAGGAGAUAAUUUUGCGAACAGAAAAUAAUACGAAUGAUAUUGGACAAGUUACUGGGAAAUUUAACGAUUCCAAAAAUCCUGAUAAAUAUCUCUCUCCCGCAAUUCCGGAAUCGAGAGAAAGUGUUCAUUCCGCAGCUCAUUUCGAGACUGCUAAAAAUUCGAAGAAUAACAGCAAAAAUAACAAGAAGAAUAACAGCAAUGGAAACUCGUGUUCGGAAGCAGAGUCGUUAAAACAGAUCUCCGAUAUCCGUAGCGACGACAAUGAAAAUCCCGAGGAGAAUUCCGAGCAUUUGUCUACGAAGAUUGCAUCUGCAAGAUCGAAAGGGGGAAGCGAAAUGGAAACUGUUGAUUUAGUUACCGGAAUCUCAGUAUUUAAAAAUAAAGAUGAUAUAAUUAUCGAAAAGCUUGAAAACGGUAAAUCGAAGGAGGUUACGCAGAUUGAUAAAAAUCAACGUGCAAAUGAAAUUGUCACGCAAACCGAUCAGAUUGAAGCGCGUUCAAAUAUUUCGGAAGAAGCUGUAAAAGAAAUUACAAACGGAAAAACGCAAGUCAGUACCAUGCCGGCAGGCAAAAGAGUAUUGUUCACAUUUGCAGAAGUUUCGGAGACAAAAAACGAGCGAGUUUGUUUGGAUGUAAGUCCUGCCAAAUCGAAGUUGAUUGAUGAAGAUGUGACGAAAGAAGACAUUGGUCUCAUACAUUUGUCGGCGAAGGAAAACACUGGAUCUUUACGUGAAGCGAAAAUUGAUCCUCAACAAGAGAUGGUUAAGCAAAAGAAUUCUGCGGAUAAUAAUUGCUCAGCCGAAUCUCCACGAGAGUGUACUUUGCCAAAAAGUAGCGAGUCAUCUUCGCGAGAAGUCGCGUCUUGUAACAAGCAAAUUUCCUUUGAUAUUGCUGGAAAGGAUAAUUCGACAAGAGAUAUGAGAAACGAGGAAGCUUGUAAAUUGAUGACGUUCGCAGUGGUUGAAAACCGCAGAGACGGAAAUGAGACCUCAAAGCCUCAGAAAACUGCGACAAGCGAUAACGAGCGGCAGCCAAUUGAUUUGACAGGCAUAUCACGGAAGUAUAAGAUAGAUGUCUUGUCUAGCUCUAAUUCUAGUGUCAGCAGUACGUUGCUGGACCACGACGAUAGGUCGACUAAUGGUGCGUUGAGUGCAGACGCGAGAAGAGUCGGGACUACCUCUGAGACCUCUCAUUCUGAGGGAGAACUGUACAUGCCGAGCUCGUGCUCGUAUUCCCUCGGCGAGGUGCGCGUCUUGAGGAGGAAACACGAUUUGAUCGAGGAUAAUGCGAUGGAUCGUGAUAGUAGUAUGACGGUUCUCGUCACCAAGAGUAUGCUAACAUCCUUGAACGAUUCCACGAUGUCUCUGCUGGGAAGCUCUGAACGUAUUUAGAACGAGCCGUAGAUUCUUCAGCGCGACGCGUGACACUUCGACUUAUCAGAGAUGACAUUCUUUUCAAUGAUUUUUAUUUAUGUUGCGAUAACGAGCUGUGCUAUCGAUUGC